UAUUGAAGCAGUUGUAUGGAAAGGUCAAUGCACAAACUGCUCCUUUACUGGUCCCAUUUGUAUUCAGGAUUAAUUAUACAAAACACGCUAACAGUGAUGUAUGCUAACUUGUUGGUCAAGGGGCGCUAUCUGGCUCGGUUUUACCACAGUGACUACACGUUUGGAUACAGGAAGUUACCAAAAUCCCAAUUCAAGCUUCCCAGCCAUUGGCUGCGGAAUAGAUCAGAGCAAAGCAACCUGUACCGAUUGAUCUGCGCCUUUAGGUCAUAUGGGCAUAAAUACGCCAGUACCAACCCUGUAGCUCUAACUGAAGCGGUUGAGGAUGAAGCAGUUGAGCUGGACAUCAGCAGGUAUGGUUUUCAAACAACUGCCGACAAGGUGAGACUGAGCGAAGGAAUCGUGAAUUUUCCUGCAGCUGAAGCCAGUUUGGAUGAGCUGUUGGCGUUUUUGAGGAAAACCUACUGCAAGUAUUGCAGCGCAGAGUUCGACUACUUGGAGACUGAAGAAGAGCGCGAAUGGUUUGCGGCAGAAUUCGAGCGGCUUUCCAACCAAGAGCUGACUGACGGUACAAAGAUCUGGAUGCUGAAAGAGUUGAUCAGGUCGCAAGCCUUCGACCGCUUUCUGGCCAAGCGGUUCUCCAGCGUGAAAAGAUAUGGAGGCGAAGGCGCUGAGAGCAUGAUGGUGUUUUUUCAGGAACUCUUCCACCUGGCAGCUGAAGAUGGUCUGGAGCAGGUUGUUCUGGCAAUGCCGCAUCGAGGCCGGCUGAAUUUGCUAACUGGCCUGCUUAAUUACCCACCGGUGGAAAUCUUCAACAAACUGGGAGGAAAAGCAGAUUUUCCCGAUAAGUACCAAUGUGAUGGAGAUGUUCUCAGUCACAUUAUCUCCAGCACCGAUCUGGAUUGUAACGGCAAACCCCUGCAUGUAUCAGUAUUGAGAAACCCCUCCCAUCUUGAGGCAGUAAAUCCAGUUUCCAUGGGCAAAUCGCGAGCGAAGCAAUUGAGGCAUUUUGCCAGUCUUUCCCGCUGGGGCGACCGAGUUCUCAAUGUGCAAGUCCAUGGCGACGCAGCUCUAAGCGGCCAGGGAAUAAACCAGGAGUGUUUAGAGCUGAGCGCAGCUCCUCAUUUCGAAGUCGGCGGCUCCGUGCACUUGGUGGUGAACAACCAGGUGGGUUUCACCACUCCUGCGGACCGCGGCAGAUCCUCACGCUAUUGCACGGAUGUGGCGAAAAUCGUGCAAGCGCCAGUUCUUCACGUGAAUGGAGACCAUCCGGAGGAGGUUCUGAAGGCCACAAGGCUGGCUGUAGCCUAUCAGAGGAAGUUCCGCAAGGAUGUGUUUGUGGAUAUGUGCUGCUUCCGGCGAUGGGGUCACAAUGAAAUGGACGAGCCGACGUUCACAAAUCCUGCAUUGUACUCGAUAAUCAACGCAAGAAGUUCAGUUCCUGAUCUCUUCGCGGAAAAACUCAGCAGCCAAGGCAUAGUGAGCGAGCAGGAAUGCUCGGAGAUUUACGACGAACACUUCGAUUGGCUUAACGAAGAACUGCAGCGGGUUGACGAGCACAAACCCAAGGACGAUUACUUCAAAGGACACUGGCAAGGCUUUUCGCAAGCGAAGGCUGCAAUAUCAGUAUGGAAUACGGGCGUUGAUGCGGAUUUGCUCGCUUCCAUCGGCGAAAAAUCGGUCAAUUAUCCCGAGAGUUUCAACAUCCAUCCAACGAUUUUAAGGGGGCACAUCAAGAAUCGCCUGUCCAGAAUAGCGGAAGGCACCGAUAUUGACUGGUCCACUGCUGAGGCUUUGGCGAUUGGCUCGCUCUUGCUUGAAGGGCAAAAUGUUAGAAUCAGCGGCCAGGACAUAGGCAGAGGAACCUUUUCGCAAAGACACGCAAUGUUGGUAGAUCAAAAGAACAACACCAUUCAUGUGCCGCUAAACAAUCUCCAUCCGAACCAGCGCGCUUUUCUGGAACUGGCCAACAGCAUCCUGUCCGAAGAAGCUGUGCUGGGCUUCGAGUAUGGAAUGAGCAUCGAAACUCCGGAGACUUUGGUGAUUUGGGAGGCGCAGUUUGGGGACUUUUUCAACGGCGCCCAAAUCAUAUUUGACACGUUUAUCACCUCUGGGGAAGCAAAAUGGAUCUAUCAGAGCGGAUUAACGGUGCUGUUGCCUCAUGGUUACGAUGGAGCUGGGCCUGAGCACAGUUGCGCCAGAGUGGAGCGUUUUUUGCAGCUCACCGACUCAAAAGAGGACCAAGUGGAUGGGGAUAACGUGAAUCUCCAGGUUUGCCAGCCCAGCACUCCUGCACAGUAUUUCCACCUGCUCAGGCGCCAGAUGGUGAGAAACUACCGAAAGCCCCUAGUGAUUAUCACCCCGAAGACACUCUUGCGGGCGCCCCAGUGCGUUUCCGGAAUUUCGCAGAUGGUCCAAGGGACGCAUUUUCGGCCAGUUUUAGGAGAUGAUACAGUAGACCCAUCCAAAGCAACGCGAGUCCUACUAACCUCGGGAAAGCACUACUAUUCUUUGGCCAAACAAAGGGAGGCUAUUGGGGAGACGACUACCGCAAUCCUGCGGAUGGAAAGUUUCUGCCCGUUUCCCACUGGCGAAUUGCUGCAGGAGUUGGCGCCCUAUAAAAGGGCAAAAAGCCUGGUUUGGUGCCAGGAGGAGCCGCAAAACAUGGGCGCUUGGACGUUCUUCAAGCGGCGAUUUGAGAAUCUGAUCGGCAGAUCUGUGAGAUAUUGCGGGCGACCCACUCAGGCUGUUCCAGCGGUAGGAGUCGGCUCACUGCACCAGCGGCAGGAGGCUGAAAUCCUCACCAGGCCGUUCUUAAUGUAAAACUUGCGGAUGAUUAGACGCAUUAAAAAGG